AUGGCUAUGGUCAACAUGAAUAAUCUUUUGAACGGAAAAGACUCCAGAUGGUUGCAGUUGGAGGUGUGUAGGGAAUUUCAGAGAAAUAAGUGCUCCAGGCCGGAUUCAGAGUGCAAGUUUGCUCAUCCGGCAGCCAACGUCGAGGUCCAGAAUGGACGAGUGACGGCUUGCUACGAUAGUAUUAAGUUGCCAUUACAUCCAGAAAAAACAACAGUUUGGUGUGGUUUAUUUGCCAGUGGAAUCGUCGCUCCACAUUUCUUUAAAACAGAGGCCGGUCAGAAUGUUAUUGUGAAUGGAGACCUUUAUCGUGCCAUAAUAACGGACUAUUUGGUGCCUGAAAUUGAAGCUCGUGGUCUCAACGACAUUUGGUACGAUGACGCCACUUACCAUUCAAAUGAAAUUAUGGCUGGACUGCCAGAACGAUUCGAUGAAUAA